GGGCGCGUCCGCGCGGCUGGCGCGAAAGUUGGGUCGCGGUUCGGCAAUUUCCGGGUCUGCGCUUGCUAGGGCUGGGGGUGCCGCAGGGGGCGGCGGUUGUGCGCCGGGCUGGCGCCCGACUCCAGCCGCCGUCCCACGGGCCGCGGGGCCCCCCACUCGCCGCCUGGAGACUCCCAGGCUCCACCGAGUUCAGAAAUGUCCCACAAUGACAAAGAACCGCUUUUUGUGAAGUUUUUAAAGUCUUCAGACAAUUCUGAAUGUUUUUUUAAAGCUCUUGAGUCAAUGAAAGAGUUCCAAUCAGAAGAAUAUCUUCAGAUUAUUACAGAAGAAGAGGCAUUGAAAAUGAAGGAGAAUGAUAGAUCACUUUAUAUCUGUGACCCUUUUAGUGGCAAAGUCUUUGAUCAUCUCAAAAAGCUUGGCUGCAGAAUUGUUGGUCCUCAAGUAGUCAUAUUUUGUAUGCACCAUCAACGAUGUGUCCCAAGAGCUGAACAUCCAGUUUAUAACAUGGUUAUGUCUGAUGUAACCAUAUCUUGUACAAGCCUGGAAAAUGAUAAAAGGGAAGAAGUUCAUAAAUAUGUACAAAUGAUGGGUGGACGCAUAUACAGAGACCUUAACAUAUCAGUAACUCACCUUAUUGCAGGAGAAGUUGGUAGCAAAAAGUAUUUAGUUGCUGCAAACCUGAAGAAACCUAUUUUACUUCCUUCUUGGGUAAAAACACUUUGGGAGAAGUCACAAGAGAAAAAAAUAGUUAGAUAUACCGAUAUAGACAUGGAAGACUUCAAGUGUCCUAUUUUUCUUGGUUGCAUAAUCUGUGUCACUGGCUUACGUGGCUUAGACAGGAAAGCAGUUCAGCAACUCACAGUUAAGCAUGGAGGUCAAUAUAUGGGACAGUUGAAAAUGAAUGAGUGUACACACCUCAUUGUGCAAGAACCAAAAGGUCAAAAAUAUGAAUGUGCCAGGAGAUGGAAUGUACACUGUGUGACUGUGCAGUGGUUUUUUGACAGUGUUGAGAAAGGUUUUUGUCAGGAUGAAUCCAUAUAUAAGACAGAGCCUAGACCAGAAGCAAAGACUAUGCCUGAUACUUCAACUCCUACUGGCCAGAUCAACACAACUAAUAGUUAUGCUCUUUCAGAUGUCAGCCAUAUUUCCAACAUCAGUGCAAGUUGCAUAAAUGAAUCGAUAUGUAGUUCAGUUCUUAAUAGCAAAGUGGAGCCUACACUUGAAAAUCUGGAUGUCAGUGCAUUUCAGGCACCUGAAGAUUUAUUAGAUGGUUGUCGGGUAUGUCUUUAUCAUGUAAUAAAUGCAAUCUAUCUUUGCGGUUUUAGUGGCAGAAAGCUAGAUAAACUGAGAAGACUUAUUAACAGUGGAGGUGGAGUUCGCUUUAAUCAGCUCAAUGAAGAUGUAACUCAUGUUAUUGUGGGAGAUUAUGAUGAUGAAUUGAAGCAGUUUUGGGAUAAAUCAGCCCACAGGCCUCAUGUAGUGGGAGCAAAAUGGUUGCUAGAGUGUUUUAGUAAAGGUAAUAUGCUUCCUGAAGAGCCAUAUAUCCAUGCUAACUACCAGCCCAUGGAAAUUCCAGUUUCAGACCAACCUGAAAGUAAAACAACCCUUUUAAAAAGGAAGAAGAGCAGCUUCUCUAAGAAAGACUUUGCUCCAAAUGAAAAGCAUGAGGAAACUGAUGAAGAUCUGCUCUCUCAAUAUGCGACUAAUAACCCAACCAUAGUUGAAGUUGCGCAGUCUGAAGUUGGACCCUUUAAUGAUUCUGCUCAUGUGGAGCCCCUUAUUGAUUCUACUCAUAUUUCUCUGCAAGAAGAAAACCAGUCUUCCGUCAGUCAUUGCCUCCCUGAUGCUUCUACAAUUACUGAAGAAGGUUUAUUUAGCCAAAAGAGUUUUCUUAUUUUAGGUUUUAGUAAUGAAAAUGAAUUUAAUAUUGCAACUAUCAUAAGAGAAAAUGCUGGAAAAAUUGUGUCACUUCAGAGCAGAGUUGUUGCUGAUUAUGCUGUGGUUCCUCUGCUGGGGUGUGAAGUACAGGCAACUGUGGGAGAAGUUGUUACAAAUACAUGGCUGGUAACUUGUAUAGACUAUCAGACUUUAACUGAUCCAAAGUCAAAUCCUCUCUUCACACCAGUCCCAGUAAUGGCAGGAAUGACUCCUUUAGAGGAUUGUGUUCUUUCAUUCAGCCAGUGUGCAGGAGCUGAAAAAGAUUCGUUGACAUUCUUAGCAAAUCGCCUUGGAGCAAGUGUUCAAGAAUUCUUCGUUCGCAAAUCCAAUGCAAAGAAAGGCAUGUUUGCCAGUACACAUCUUGUAUUGAAAGAACCAGGUGGUUCUAAAUAUGAAGCUGCCAAGAAGUGGAAUUUACCAGCGGUCACUAUAGCUUGGCUGUUGGAGACUGCUAGAUUGGGAAAGAGAGCAAAUGAAAGCCAUUUUCUGAUCAAAAAUUCACCUAAAGAAGAACAAAGUCUGGAAACUGAGACAACAAACGGGGUGAAUCUAAAUCCAGAUACUCCAGAGCAUCCUGUCACAGACCUGGAAACUCACAGAAAAACAGCCGUUACACCUUUAGAUAUGAACCGCUUUCAGAGUAAAGCUUUCCAUGCAGUGAUCUCACAGCACUCCGGACAGGCUUCAGUCUCCCCUGCAGCAGGACAACCACUUCAGAAGGAGCCCUCAUUAUGCCUGGAUACACCAUCAAAGUUUCUGUCCAAGGACAAACUCUUCAAGCCUUCCUUUGAUGUGAAGGAUGCACUUGCAGCCUUGGAAACUCCAGGAGGUCCCAGCCAGCAGAAAAGGAAACUGAGUACACCACUCUCAGAAGUCAUUGUCAGAAACUUGAAACUUGCUUUGGCAAAUAGCUCUCGAAAUACUGUCGCUCUUUCUGCCAGCCCUCAACUGAAAGAUGCCCAGUCAGAAAAGGAAGAAGCUCCAAAGCCACUUCACAAGGUAGUGGUAUGUGUUAGUAAAAAACUCAGUAAGAAGCAGAGUGAACUAAAUGGGAUUGCAGCCUCUCUAGGUGCAGACUACAGGUGGAGUUUUGAUGAGACAGUGACUCAUUUCAUUUAUCAAGGGAGACCAAAUGACACUAAUCGGGAGUAUAAAUCUGUAAAAGAGAGAGGAAUACACAUUGUUUCAGAGCACUGGCUUUUAGAAUGUGCCCAAGAGUAUAAACAUCUUCCUGAAUCUCUUUAUCCACAUACUUAUAAUCCCAAAAUGAGCUUGGAUAUCAGUGCAGUGCAAGAUGGCAGACUUUGUAAUAACCGACUACUCUCAGCUGAUUUGACAACGAAGGAUGAUGAGCCAGAUCAUUUGCCUGUAGAAGAAAAUGAUAUAGACAGUAUGACUACCAGUAAUAAAGAACCAGCAACAUCAAAUGGAAAUGGCAGGAAUGACUCUAAAGGAGCUCUGACACAGACCUUGGAGAUGAGAGAGAACUUUCAAAAGCAGCUGCAGGAGAUAAUGUCUGCAACUUCACUAGUGAAACCCCAAGGGCAGAGGACUUCCCUUUCAAGAAGUGGUUGUAACAGUGCCUCUUCAACCCCUGACAGCGCUCGCUCUGCCCGCAGCGGACGAAGUAGAGUCCUAGAGGCACUGAGGCAAUCUCGUCAAACAGUACCUGAUGUCAACACAGAGCCCUCCCAAAAUGAACAGAUCAUUUGGGAUGACCCUACAGCCAGGGAAGAGAGAGCAAGACUUGCCAGCAAUUUGCAGUGGCCUAGUUGUCCCACACAAUACUCUGAGCUUCAGGCUGAUGUUAAAAAAUUGGAGGAUUCUCCUUUCCAGGAGCCUUUACAUGAUUCAGAAAUUGCUGAACAGGCUGUCUGUGAUCCUGAGAACAUAUGUGUGACUGAAGCCCCAAAACACCCGAUCUCUGAAGAACUGGAAACUCCAAUAAAAGACAGCCACCUGAUCCCUACGCCUCAAGCCCCCAGUAUUGCCUUCCCCCUAGCCAACCCACCUGUGGCUCCACACCCUAGAGAAAAGAUUAUAACGAUAGAGGAGACUCAUGAAGACUUAAAAAAACAGUACAUAUUUCAGUUGUCAUCUCUGAAUCCUCAAGAACGUAUUGAUUAUUGUCAUCUGAUUGAAAAACUAGGUGGAUUAGUGAUUGAGAAGCAGUGCUUUGAUCCCAACUGUACACACAUUGUUGUGGGACAUCCACUUCGAAACGAGAAGUAUUUAGCUUCAGUGGCAGCUGGGAAGUGGGUGCUCCAUCGCUCCUACCUUGAAGCUUGCAGGACUGCUGGGCGCUUCAUGCUGGAAGAAGACUAUGAAUGGGGAAGUAGUUCCAUACUUGAUGUUUUGACUGGAAUCAGUGUACAGCAACGAAAACUAGCACUUGCAGCGAUGAGAUGGAGGAAGAAAAUCCAGCAAAGACAAGAAUCAGGCAUUAUUGAGGGGGCAUUUAGUGGGUGGAAGGUUAUUUUACAUGUCGAUCAGUCCCGAGAAGCAGGAUUCAAACGCCUUCUUCAGUCAGGAGGAGCAAAGGUGCUACCUGGUCAUUCUGUAUCUUUAUUUAAAGAAGCUACACAUCUCUUUUCUGACUUUAAUAAACUAAAACCAGAUGACUUGGGAGUUAAUAUAGCAGAAGCUGCUGCCCAGAAUGUGUACUGCUUGAAAACGGAAUACAUUGCUGAUUUUCUUAUGCAGGAAUCUCCUCCUCAAGUAGAAAAUUACUGUCUACCAGAAGCUAUUUCAUUUCUUCAGAAUAAUAAGGAACCUGGGCCUGGAUUCUCACAAAAGAGGAAAGCUCCUACAGAGAAAAAUAAAAUCAAACGACCUAGAGUACAGUAAUUGUAUUUACUCAGUUACCAAACAUUAAAUGUGUUUUAAAUUAAUAGCUUGAAUGUAACUGUGAUGGAUUUGUAUAGUAAUUUAAAGACAAGAACUUGAAGAAUUCAGCUUCAGUGUAACAAUGACCCUGCUUGAAGUUAGUUUUUAACACCUGAAAUUUUAAUCAUUGAAAUAUUAACUGUUCCUGAAUGGAAAGUUACCUAAAAUAACAAAGUGCAACUCCUCAGCUAGCUUGUCAUUAAACCAUAUUGACAUGUGUAAAGGGCUUUUUGUUUAUUUAUUUUCUUGUAAAUAUCUGAGUCUGUAGCUUAGUAGAAGUUUUAGCAAGGUGAUAGAUUUUGCCUUAAAAUGUCUGUUUUAAUUCAUAACAACAAGGAAAUUAUCAAUUGGGAUUUAUUCUUGUUUUCCAUGAUUUUUAGCUUCUCACCAUUUUACCUCUUUUUAACAGGAGCCUGAGCGCAAGGUUUAAUGAGGAACUGAGGCUUUAAACUUAAUGUGUGUGUAUAUAUGUAUAUGCAUGUUUAUACAAAUCUCCAUGAGGUUUUCCAAGUUUGGACGCCAAAGCUUCGAAAAUAAGGACAAUAAAGAAUAAAAGUAGUGACUCAAAGUAGUUCAAAUAAGUUUUUAAAAAGAAAAGCUUUCUGGUAUCCAUUUUCUUGUUGAAGCAAUAAAAGAUUUGUAAAACACAUUAAAAA